AUGGGCCAUCUAUAUGAAUUUGGUUACUUCCACGAUUCAAGAAGACCAGCUAAUGAUGAAAUGCGUAUAGUAAAAUAUAACAAUGCUCUUUAUAUUGACUCUAGUAAAAGUGAAACAGUGGUUACUAUCAUUGAUGAGAAUCCAAAGGCAACUAUUCAAAAACUUGUUAAGAGUCCAAGAUCAAUAAUUAUAUUCCCAGAAGAAAAUAAUGCUACUGAUAUUCAGGAAAAGCAUCAGCGAAAAAAUAACACAUGUUUUGUUAAAAGAUCUAAAACUACCAGGGCACUGGGGUUCAAGCUUUUGG